CUGCGUCAGGAGUUCAGAGAGCUUGAGCUGCUGGAUGAAAUCACCAAGCUGCGCUACCUGGGCAAGAUCUCACCCAAAGUGACAGGCAUUACUCGCAAUGAGCUUGUUCAUUCAUUCAGAAAGUGGAAGGGGGAGAAGUUCAUGCCAAAGACAAUGCACAGGGCCUUAACAUGGAAUGUUGGUGAUCCAUUCCCAAUUGAAGACAUACAGGCAGAUGCUCCAUGGCAGAUGGUCGAGAAGGCAAAGCCUAAAGACAAAAAGCAGCCCAAGUCAGAUGUACCUGAUCAGCCAAAGAAGACAGCUGGAUAUGUUGCAGCCAAGGGCACACAAGCAUUGUCAGUUCGAGAGGAUGACUCUGAUGCAGUGGGUGCCAAGAAACCUCGUGGCAAACAGGUGCAUGCUGAGGUCAAUUUCAUUGGGUUCAAGUGGGACAAUGCCAACUACAGCUGUGCUUAUGACAGUCCUCUGACUAUUUUGCUGUCAGUGUAUACAGAGUGUAAGCAGCAGUGGCAGACAAUGGUACCUGAGCAGAAU